UUUGUGCUGUAGACAUUCCCAAAUAGUUAGCUCAGGACUUCAUAGUGCACAAUCCUUUCCACGGAAAUUUGAAACCCAUCAAAACAUUUGCAUUUCUUCAAGUAAAAGAUGAACUGCUUUAGGGUAACUUCACUGAUUUGUCUUAGUAUUAUUGUGUUCAGUUCAGGAGAGACCGUCGUAACUAAUGUCAAGCCUUGUUCAUCGAAGGGCACAAGGAAUGUUGGAGCUGUGGAGGAACCACUCAAGGCAGAAGAGAAAAAUAAAUCUGCAGAUAUUUCAAAACAAAAAGAACAAUGCCUUGUGCCAUGUGAUGUUCAAGCUAAAAUUUUACGAGGGGAAAAACAAUACAUGUGCAGAAAUUUGCAGAACUCUCUUGUUGAAUAUGCAAGAAGUACAAAAAAACUGGUAAGAAACAUGAUGGAUGAUCAACAGUCGUCUUUGGAUUACCUUUCUAAUCAGGUAAAUGAACUUAUGAACAGACUUCUUCUUUUGAACGCAGAGGUUUUGAGAAAGCAUUUGGAUCCACUUCCUUACAAAAUGGUUCAAUCUCAUGGGUUGGAUUGCACUGAUAUUAAAGAUACUGUUGGCUCAGUUUCAAAAACUCCAACUGGUCUGUAUGUUAUCCAUCCAGAAGGAUCAAAUUAUCCUUUUGAGGUUUUGUGUGACAUGGAUUUUCAAGGAGGUGGAUGGACUGUGGUUCAGAAAAGAACUGAUGGAAUCAUUCCAUUUCAGAGAACAUGGUCUGAAUAUCUGGAUGGAUUUGGUGACCUUUCUGGAGAAUUUUGGCUUGGACUGAGGAAGAUUUUUCACAUAGUAAAUCAAAAAGCCACUGGUUUCAGUCUUUAUGUGGAUUUGGAAUCAGAAAAUGACAAGCAUGCCCAUGCAUUGUAUGAUAGAUUUUGGAUAGAGGAUGAAGCAUGUUCUUUUAAGAUCCACUUGGGGCGUUAUUCAGGAAAUGCUGGGGAUGCAUUUAGAGGAUAUAGAAAAGAAGAUAACCAGAAUUUGAUGCCUUUCAGCACAUUUGAUGUUGAUAAUGAUGGAUGCAGGCCAAUGUGUGCUAUUAAAGAACAGCCUGUGAAGAGCUGCAGUAACUUCAGUGAUAACACUGGAUGGUGGUUCAACCAGUGUGGCCUUGCAAAUCUUAACGGUGUUCAUCGCUACACAGGUAGAUUUCUUGCAACUGGGAUUCACUGGGAUACAUGGACAAUGAACAAUAAACCAGUCAAAAUUAAAUCAGUUUCAAUGAAAAUUCGGAGAACCUAUAACCCAUAUUUCCAUUAAUCUAUGAAAACAGAAAUAUAAGUCUUCUUGUAAUUAUGUCAGAUAAUGUAUCACUGCAUCAUAAAUACCUUUCAUUUUCACUUGAACAGUUCAGUCUUAAAACUUUAUUAGAUAUUUCCAUAAUACAGUUACUAAUUUUUAUUAUGAAAUGUCAGCAUUUGUAGUUUCUGCUUGAGUAAGAACAUCCUAAGAACAGGGUUUUCAGAAAAAAAUUUAAGCUUAGUGCUUGUCAGCUUUGAUUCAACUGCCUCUUAUGCAAUCUCAGAGCCAGUGGAAAAUUUUAAAAAGCAGUGUAAUGCUGGCCUUUGAAUGUGGUUUUUCUGUGCUCUCUGCAUACCUGAAUAGCCAAGAAAUUUCAGCAAAUUUUCUUUUAGAAAGCCAUAUACCUGUCAUAAUGAUGCCAUAAUUUUGGAAAAAACCUUUUCUUCACCUUAGGUUAAUAUUCCACAGUCAACUCUUCUUUCUGUAUUCCUUAUCAGGCAAGAGAACACUGACUUACUUCAACACCUAUGCAAUGUUUUAUAUACUCUCAGGGCCCAAUUUUUAUACAAGUAAGGUAGUUACUGAUAUAUAAGGACUAUGGUCUGUUUUUUCUUUCAUUUUCACAGUCAAUGUGUUUAAUAAUCAGAUUGUUAUUCUAACAUUGUCUAUUUCACAAUUUACUGUAAAUAAACACUCUUUUUCAAAGAAAAUGUAUAACAUUUCAUAUAACCUUUAGAGUUUUAAUUUUUGGAUAUGGGCCUGAUCUUAUGUUUUUCAUUCUUAUUGGCAUUCACUUUGUGAAUGAUCAUAUGGUAAUGAACAAAACCAAUCUGAGUUAUAGAAGUACAUUUUAAAUUAGUGUGAAUUGUUUGAAUUUCUGUCAG